AUGGCUAAACGUAAAACGAAGCCUCGUCCAGUGACGUCAGAUUCGAAUCCAGCGGAACCACCCUCAAAUUCUACUUGUAUCGAGUCCAUUCCGAAUGUGGAAAUAAUUGAACUUCAGCCGGAAGAUACAGAUCCAUUGCUUGGGCUCAGCACGGAUGAUCCAGAAAUGCUAUGCGGAACCGGGUUCUUUGACGAUAUUCUAUCAAAUGAGUCACUGUAUUCCAGCUACCUGAAUGGCCAAAUUACUUUUGAUGAUUUAAUGCGAGAGUUGCAUCGCAAGGAGCCGUCAGACACCACCAACCGAUUGGCUGAUGACAUUUCAACUAAUUCGGAUGAGGAGGAUUCAGCUGCGUCCAACGACUCAGACGAUCCGGAGUUCGUUCCGCCUCGCCGUUUGCAAAGGAAGCUCAAUCGGCGGCGCGGUCGUCGUGGUGGUAGCAUUACAACCAGUGGUGGCGAAACAACUUCCACAGUGAAUGUGGACACGCCUGCAGUGGCUCCCAAACGUAUGCGCCGGGGUUCACUACCAUUGGAAUGGAAUCAUUAUCUCGGUGAAGCAGAACGCUUUCUGAACAAUGGCCAAUUUGAUGAAGCGGAAGAAAUUUGUCGGAAUGUGAUAUCCCAAGCGUUUCGUGGAGAUAGACAAGACGCUUCUAUUCGACAACGCCUGAUCGAUUAUUUGGAACGUGCUGGGCAUCGUCGUGAGGCACUGUUUCAUCGCCUGUCUUCUCUGUCUCAGACACCGGAAUCGACCGGGUCGGACCAAUUUCGUGUUGCUCGAAAUCUAGCCGAUGAAUUCUUCAAACUAAUGGAUCCGAACAGCGCUAUACGGGCGUACGAGGCGGCUUUUGAAAAGUUUCCUAAAUCCGGAACGGAAUCAGAUAAAAACAGCUUACUCUCCAUACUUAUGCAAGGUGAAAAGUACAAGGAGGCACUUAAGUUCUUUAUCACCUACUGUGAGGUCAAUCUGAUGACGUCUAAUCGCAAACGUUUGGACCCCAAUUCGAUCACUGCGUCGUCGGAUCAGAUCCAGCAGUUUAUCAGGUUGCCACACAUACUGAAACAACUAACCAACGAUUUGGCCGAGAAACACUACGACUGGAUUUUGGAUAUCAUCAAGGCGUAUCGAAAAAUUGGAAUGAACUCUGUCGCGUUGCAAUUGCUAACUCGACUGUCCACAUUCGAAUCAACCAAAUCAACCCCCUUGGUGUGGACAUUGUUGGCAGAAAGUCAGAUUGAAGCUGGUCAAAUUGACGACGCUUUGGAUUCCUAUCGUCAUGUUGUCGAAGAAGUUGCUCCCAGACAUGCGGAUGCUCGUCUGGCCUACGGAAAUUUGCUUAAACGUAUUGGAAAAGAUAAAGAAGCGUUGGCUGUUCUGCAUCCAUCUAGUGUGGUUGAACUACCUUCGGGUAGUCAGAAACAGCGCAAGGUGCGUUUUGCUGAUGCUCAAACAAACAAAGCGACUACUUCAAAUGCAUCAUACACGCGUGUUGAAUCACCGCACAGCUCGACCCGAUCUCGUCGGAAAUCGACAACUCGGGACGAGACGGAUUUGGGAACGGAAACCGAAUGGGACGAGGAGGAUGUAGAGGUUGACGACGAGGAUGAGGUGGAUGAGGAGGAUGAGGAGGCAGACGGGGAUGAAGAUGAUGAAGAAACGUCUCCGAGUGCUCAAGCUCGUGCAGAUGCCGAGUGGUUGGAAUCAUCCGGUGCGAUCCCAGAUGCCGCUCUGUUGGCCCACGAUCCGGUCGCCUAUCGGAUCGCAUUUGAACGUUGUCUGACACGAUUCUUGGAAAGCAUGCGGUUGCGUAAUCGAUUGAUGGAUCGUCUAAGUGCGGACACAUCGGCAACUGGCUCUGAUCCGAAUACCCUCCCACCGGUGGUUGAACGUAAAGUGAGCGGAUUCGAUAUUUGGGGCUUGUUUCUACGACUAAUCGACGUGCUCCAAUCCCGUCUGCCCCGAUCCCUAUCGUUUAUGGAAUCCGCCACAGCCUGGGCCUGUUUGCUGCCUCAGAUUCAUUCCGAAGAAGGUAGACGUCGAGCCGCGAGCAAUUUGUUGAUCAGCACAUGUCUUCUUGGUGGUCACGGAUCACCAGCUGUAAUUAAAUUACGUGAAUUGUGCAAUCGGGCCACCAGUUCGGCGUUGGCCGAGGAGGGCGUUUGUUGUGCUGGCUGUGCGAUGUGUUGGACCGACAGUUGUUCAUCGUAG